AUAGAACUACGACGCCCAUAGCGUAGUGCAUCGCGACGUUCCGCGUCGCGACGAUACCGUCUUUCGCCGUACCCCCACGCGCCGACAGCGUCCGGUCUGACGAUCUGUCUGUUUCGGUGACUUCCCCGCCGUUUGUCAUUUGUUUAUGCGGUGCGUGUCAAUACGCACAUCGAAGGCAGCCGCGAUUUCCGAUCGGGUCCGAAUCGCGACGGGGCGUCGAAAAAUGUGGGUCGUCGAUUAAAUUGCGUCGUGACGCCGGCGACCGACCGUUUCGUUGAUGCGGUUUUGUUUUGAUCGGUGGUGCGCGUUUGGGUUGACCUUGUGACGGAUUUUUGCGUUAAAUUUUUGUGAGGUGACAGGGGAGUUCAGUGAUCUUUCGUCUUCCCUCGCAGACGGUGUUCCGUUUAAAUCUCUCCGUAGCCGAGUCGUAUUUUUUUUCUUUUGGGGGAGUGACUUUGCAUACCGAAAACACUUGGUGCUUAGUGAUUUAGUGUCCAGUGCCUCGGAACUGAAAGCCUCGACCGCGUCAUAUCGUCGACAGCGGAACCGGAAUGAAUGACAUUCAUUCCGAUGAAGUUUUGAACGUUUAAUAGUCAGGCUGGCGGGUGCUGAGAUCAUUUCGGAGGGCGGCGGGGACGGCGGCGGUACGGGGACGGUCGACAAAAGUUGUCUCACGACGUAUAUAUUUAAUCCCGUGGAAACUUGUACCGGCACGCCCAGUCCCGAGAAAUAUCCGCUCGACGCUACCAAUAGCGUUUCCGGUGAUCUAAAGCUUUCGCCGCAUCGCGACGAUGGAGGCGCCAUCUGCCGGACGCCGACUGCAGGCGAUCCGGGGCCCCACAUGCACCCGAAUUUCCUCUACGGGAAAGUGUUGCCCGACGGUCGACCCAAUUUCUUCAUCGAUUACGACCUUAGUUUCCAGGCUUACGGGCCGCGAACCGGCAAAGGUCAAACCAAGUGCUGCGUGGCCAGUCCGUUCCUGGCGAACGAGCUGAGUUUCGGGCAUCUGUACACCAUCAGCAAGAGCGAAAAGGAGGAGCGAACAUACGACGAGCCGUAUUCAGGCGACCUGCCACGAAGAUCGUGGCUAUGUUGUCCGGGAUCCCAGAGACACACGGAAUGCGACCAACCGCCAUUGUUGGAGGAGUGCAAAGUCGUCGGCACUCCGUCGGAAACGAUAACCAAACCUCCAGGGUUGAACGCGUGUAGCGGCGCUUGCGAAAGGCUGCAGCAGCAGCUGGACGACCAGGCCCAGAGGUACGAAGAGCAACUGACCGAGUUACAUUCUGUGAUAGCCGAACUGACCAGGAAACUUCAUCAACAACGUACUAUGGCGAUCGCUGAAGAAGACGAAGUUUCUGAAUCUUGCACGAGCGCCCACGAGGAGUCCAUAACGUGUCCGUUGGAGGUGAGCGAGUUGGAGCCGCUCGAAAACGAACUCUCCGAUCUAGAUAAUAAAUUACCGUUCUCAGAAAGUCCGCUGGAACUACCAGAACCAAAGUUAACGUCGUCCCACCACGAUCAUUCCGAACUGUCGCCGUUUUCGGAGGUGGUGGAGCCUUUGAAGCAGGAAAUUAUGUCCCUGAAGCAGCAACUGCACGAGGCACACGUCAGACUGGCUCAGAUAUCGCUGAAUAAGUUAGACGAGGCGGCGGAUGAAGAGACAGUAACCGAAUGUAAAAACGUAGAUUCUCCGGAUAGUCAUAUCGAAGCCGAUUGCGAGCCCAGACUAUAUCAGGAGAGCAAGUCGGACAUUAAAUAUAGCAGUAUAGUACCGAUUCACAAGACCAACGUUAAGGAUAAUAGUGAAUGCACGCAGCCUGUGAUGAAGAUCGCGGAAAGGAUAAAGUUGAGGAGGACCGCGGACGGUCAAAGGGAAGUGAGCCCUAACGACCUAUUGAGCGGCGACCUGUCAACCGCCGUCGCGGAACACAUUGUGGGUGAUAUUUUGAGGCAGUGCGAUAUUCAGACCGAAAAGCAGACGAUCGAUAUGGAAAUGCGAAAGGUCCAGUCCAAAUUGGAGCACGCGAGAGCACAGAAUACGGUUCUGGUGCUUACGCUGUCCGAAACGAAAGCUCAUUGCGAUAGGCUAGCUUUAUUGUGCGGGAAAUACGAAUCGAACGCUAUAGCUCUGCGGCUAGCGCUGGGACUGACAGACCGUGCCAUCGAGGCCUACGACGUUCUGCUGGCCCUGCUGGAGACGGAAUUAUCGUUGAACGAGGAAAAUCCCGACACGAUCCGAAACCGAACGGCCGCCGAGACUGUGGCGAGACAGUUGCUGUCUCACCUCGACUUGUAUCAGAAGACGGACGUUUUGCUGUCGCCGUGGCAGAACCACGUGUAUAGCGCGCCGAUCGAAAUGAACGAACCGUGGACCACCGAACACGAGUUAAGACUCCGCGACCACGUGUCCAGACUGAAAGCCGAACGGAGUGGCGUUCAAGGCACAUACGUCGCGUUGGAGUCGACGCAAGUGGAACAUGCGCCCGUGAGGCCUUCGAGCAGUCAGGAAGCCCGGAAAAUGGACUUGGAAAUGGCGGUAUUGAUGCAGGAAUUGAUGGGAUUAAGGGAAGACAAAGCAGAACUUUUGUCGAAGUUGUUCGUUUUGGAAAAAGAGAAAAGUACACUCGAACUGAAACUGAAGUACGUGGAAGGCCAGCAGAAGGCGCAGUCGGCGACGUUGAGGAACCUUCAAGGGCAAUUGAAGGACACUGAGGCCUUGUUAGCGUUGGCCAAUAAAAAUAAGGAGAGGGGUUAUUCCGACGCGGAGCACGCUCAGGGCGUCGAACUCGAGCUAAUGCAAGCGCUUGCGCGCGAAGCGCGUCUAAAAGUGAGGUUACAAGAGUUGGUGACGACGUUGGAACAGGUGACCAAGAACGCGGAGGCUCGAUUGAUGGAAGGGAGGGAGAUCGUACAAGACCUGAAUCAUACGAAUAGUAUUUUAGCGGAGACGGUGGACAGGAAUAAUAAAAAGUACCAGGCCAAGUUUAAAAAGAUGGAAUAUCAGAUGCUCAGCAUGGUGGAGAAGCAUACCGCACAAGUACAAACGUUGCAACAAAAGAUAGCCACGUUAGAGACGCCCCCUACGAAUAGUUCCGAGAAUUCGUUAAGUUCGGCUCCGGUUUAAGGAACCCGCCGCCAUUUAAUAUUAUCAUUCGUUAGAUGCCAAAAUCAUUUAAGUUUUUUUUUAUGAAAAUGUUUCCAGCGCCCAUUUAUUACGUUUACGAAACGCAAAGCGGUCAAUUAGGGCAGGAUCGGAACGCGACGAUAAAAAAUAAUAAUGUAAAAAGAUAUGCUAAAAGUGUUUGCCUCGCUGUGAUUUUAAUCCUAAUCGAGAUACGGGAAAAGUGUACGAAAUCUCUUUGAAUUACAGUAAUUUAUUAUUUCGUUUCGCAUAGUAGUAAUUUAAUGUUUUAUAUUGUUUAUAUUUUUAAUAAAAUUAUAUUACCGCGUUAAUAUAAGUGGCAACUAUUGACCCAUACUGUAUAACAUUAAACAAUAAAUGUUGCAUAGCUUGGCCGUUU